AGAAGUUUCUGAAACGAAAGAGAGGCAGCGUUAAACCAUCAGAGCCUCAAACAUGAACGUCUAUCAGACUUUGAUCUGCCUCUUCUUCCUCUCACUGCGGGACACUGGUGUCAUCAAUGCACGAGGCCACAUCGUUACAGGAGCUGAAGGAGGAAACAUCACAGUUGUGUGUAACUUCAAGUUGUCUGGAAGAAGGAGGCUCCUCUGUAAGGAAGAAUGUAAAGAUGGAGAUAUUCUCAUUGAAACGGAUAAGGUCACAGCUCAGAGAGGCCGAUACAGCAUCAAAUAUAAAGAAGGAUUUUAUCCAGCAUCGUAUACAGUUCUGAAUGUGAGCAUCAGAAAUCUGACUGAGUCUGACUCAGGACGAUACAGCUGUGGUUUGGCCAGAUCAUUCCUCCUCAUACCAGCAUACUCAGAGUUUGAGAUCAGAGUUAAAGAUGCGCCAACCUCUUCAGACCUAAACUGGAUUCUUCCACCUGUUACAGCAUUUGUACCAUCGACCUCCACACUGACGACAUCACAGAGUUUAAGCUCCACAUCUUCAUCAGCCUCCUCUGAAGGCACCAAGCAGCCUCAACAGCAACACCCAACACCAGCUUCAACACCAGGUCCAGCUGCCAAAGGUCCGCUGCUGUUUGUGGGUCUGACUCUGCUCAUCAUGUUGAUCAUAUUAUCAGCAGCUUCGAUGAUGUUCUGCAGGAAGAGGGCCAGUAAACCCAAAGAAGCUUCUGUGGAAACUGAGUAUGCUGAUGUCACAGAGACCAACAGAGUGUAUGAGGAGAUCAGAGAGGAGGACAGAAAGAGCAGAUCUCCUCCUGUAGAAAUGUCCACAGUUUACUCUUACGUCAAACCAAAUGGAGUCAAAACCUCAGACGAAUACAGCCUUGUCACUGCAGCCACUCCUCAGAGGAACACUGAAGACGACUCCAGUAAACUCACCUACUCUGAGGUGGAUUUUUCUGAAGCAGCACUGUGGGACACUGAUCUCAUCAAUGCACAAAUCCCAACCCGUACAGGAACUGAAGGAGGAAACAUCACAGUUGUGUGUUCCUUCACUUUCUCUGGAACCACAAAGUUCUUCUGUAAAAACGACUGUGAAGAUGGAGACAUUCUUAUUCAAACAGAGAAGGACGCAGCUCAGAGCGGCCGAUACAGCAUUGAAUAUAACAAAGGAGCUAUAUAUGAAUCUGCACUUCUGUAUGUGAGCAUCAGAAAUCUGACUGAGUCUGACUCAGGACGAUACAGAUGCCGUUUGACCAGAAUCUUGUCUUCAGAUAUCCAGUUUGAGAUCAGAGUUAAAGAUGCUCCAACCUCUUCAGACCCAAACUGGAUUCUUCCACCUGUUACAGCAUUUGUACCAUCGACCUCCACACUGACGACAUCACAGAGUUUAAGCUCCACAUCUUCAUCAGCCUCCUCUGAAGGCACCAAGCAGCCUCAACAGCAACACCCAACACCAGCUGCAGGUUCAGCUGCCAAAGGUCCGCUGCUGUUUGUGGGUCUGACUCUGCUCAUCAUGUUGAUCAUAUUAUCAGCAGCUUUGAUGAUGUUCUGCAGGAAGAGGGCCAGUAAACCCAAAGCAGCUCCUGUGGAAACUGAGUAUGCUGAUGUCACAGAGACCAACAGAGUGUGUGAGGAGAUCAGAGAGGAGGACAGAAAGAGCAGAUCUCCUCCUGUAGAAAUGUCCACAGUUUACUCUUACGUCAAACCAAAUGGAGUCGAAACCUCAGAUGAAUACAGCCUUAUCACUGCAGCCACUCCUCAGAGGAACACUGAAGACGACUCCAGUAAACUCAUCUACUCUGAGGUGGAUUUUUCUGAAGGUGCCUCGCUCCACAGCGCCCCCUGUGGUGAUACGGAUAAGGUUGUUUAUUCUGUUCCUCGGGUAGAUGUGAGCUCAGACAGCAGCCACCCUGAAGACGCUUCACCUCCUCUGUACUCUACGGUUACUACACUUUAGCAGCAGCUUCAGCGCCGUCCACACCACAUUUACUCUCUGGUGGUGUGAAGGAGUAACAUUUACACAAAAAUCUGUUUUUAUUAUUUCAGCCCGUUGUCAUUCUGAAGUCGUCAAAUAAAGCUGCUUUGUCUAUGAUUAUGGCGUCAGACAUGUGACACCAAAAGCCACGUUUCAUGGUGUUCUAACAUGCCGCCAGUUGGCUGGAUGGUAGUUGUUGUGGCAUUAUGAUACGCAGCUGGAUUGCAUUAGGUUUAAAUGCUACCAGUUCUUGAAGAGAAUCAAUACAGGUUCAGGUCAAACAGAUCAACUUCACUAACAAUAAUAGAAGCAAUAGAAGAAAUCACAAAUGCUAUAGAUCGUAAACAACGUGCUGCUGGGAUAUUUAUUGAUUUGAGAAAGGCUUUUGACACAAUCAGCCAAGAUAUCUUACUCAGCAAACUGGAAAGAUAUGGUGUUAGGGGAAUAGUGCUUGACUGGGUCAAAAGUUUUUUAAGCGGGAGACAGCAGUUUGUAAGACUGGGUGAAUGCUCCUCACCAUGUUUGAGAAUUACUUGUGGUGUCCCCCAGGAGUCAGUAUUGGGCCCUAAAUUCUUCAUUGUGUACAUAAACGAUAUCUGUAAAGUCUCUGAGUUAUUGCAUUGUGUUCUUUUUGCGGAUGAUACAAAUAUUUUUUGCUCUGGGGACAGCUUACAACAAUUACAAGAGGACAUCACUAAAGAAAUGAAGAAACUAAAAAUGCAGUUUGACAGAAACAGGUUGUCAUUAAAUUUGAACAAGACGGAAAUAAUGUUAUUUGGUAACUGUAGAAUGAAUACACAGAUCAUGAUAAAAAUAGAUGGAGUUGAAAUUGAAAAAGUUAAUGAAAUUAAAUUUCUGGGAGUAUUUAUAGAUGACAGAAUUAGCUGGAAAUCACAUAUCGAACAUGUACAGACUAAAGUCGCAAGAAGUAUUGCAAUAAUAAACAAAGCAAAGAUGGUUUUAGUCUCUGUGCUGAGGUUUGGGGCAACACCUACAAAACCACGCUAUCUCCUCUAACUAUUCUUCAAAAAAAAGCUAUACGAAUUAUUCACAAAGCUGGUUACCAGGAACACACAAACUCAUUAUUCAUACAGUCAAAAUUACUAAAGUUUACAGACAUUGUUGAAUAUCAAACGGCACAAAUAAUGUUCAAAGCUAAAAAUAAUUUACUACCAAAAAAUGUACAGAAAUUAUUCAGUGACCAGGAGAGGGUUAUAAUUGAAGGGGAAAAUUCAAUUUUAAAAUUCACUUAAUUCGAACCACCAGGAAGAGUUUUUGCAUCUCAGUCAGAGGGGGGAGACUAUGGAAUGGAUUUACUAUGGAACUUAAGCAGUGUUCAAGCAGUAAACAGUUUAAAAUGAGGUACAAAAACAUCAUUUUCAAGAGGUACAGGGAAGAGAGAGGUGCUGGAAAUCACCAGGGGUUAUAGGGCUAUUGUUUAUUCAUGUAGUUAUUCUCUGCUUUCUGUUCUUUUGUGCAUGUGUACAUGUAUAUAUGUGAAUGCAUGUACAGAUACAGAAAGCUUUUUUGAUCCCCGAAGGGCAGUUCAGUUUCUACAGUCCACCAUCUAGACAUACAACCAUUCACACAACAAUAAUACAUGGCAGGAGUAGCAUGAUAUGGCCUGGGUUCAAGUACAAUUAAUAUAAGGCAGACAGCAGAGUAAAUAGUAAUAAGAGAAUAAAAAUUUGAAUAAAAACUAAUAUGUGCUUAUUAGAAACACAUAUUUAAUAAAUUUAAAAAGAUAAUUUUAAUGAGUUGUGCUGACACAACAUUAAUGGUAAAUACUGCCAGAAAACUGUCCAUGUUCAAUUCAAGUUAUGUUUAUUAUCUAUAAAAAUAUGUUAAUUGUUAUUGACAGUUUGGAAUCAAAAUUUCAAUCAAAAUUUUACAGCUACAUUAGCUACAUUUCAAUAUUUAAAUGAAAUCAAAUAACAUAAGAGAUGCCAUUAAGAAUAAACAGUUUAUAAGAGACUUGUUGCAGCUGAAGAUGAGUCGAGGAAAGUCAUGACUCUGAGGUCAGUUUUUCCAGCGAGAUCUUCAGCUGACUUGACAGCGCCCCCUCAUGGUAAUGCUGAUAAUGUUAACACUGAGGUGGCAGCGCAGUUGCUACAAGAAAAUGUUAUUAACCUUUUUAGGGCUCUGGCUUGUUCACAGUCAUCGUUAGGAAAGGCCAGGUGAUGUAAAUUUCAAAGCUUUAUAAAUACUCUGACUCCUGAAACCUUGUCCCAACAAUCAGCAGCCAUGGGCUCCUCUAAACAGCUGCCUAGCACUCUGAAAACUAAAAGAACUGAUGCCCACAAAGCAGGAGAAGACUAUAAGAAGAUAGCAAAGUGUUAUCAGGGAGCUGUUCCCUCAGUUCGUAAUGUCAUUAGGAAAUGUCAGUUAACAGGAACUGUGGAGGUCAAGAAAACUGUCAGAGAGAGCUGCUCGUAGGAUUGUUAGAAAGGCAAAUCAAAACUCCCGUUUGACUGC